UCAGUUGUCAGUUACUAGUGGAUACGAGCGCGCGACUUGCUUUUAAUAUUGUUUUGCCGCGGGAUGGUGUAUGAAAGUUUUCGUGAGUUCUGCUGUGCCGGCGAAUUUUACGCAACACGUGGUUGAAAGUUGUGCACAAUUUGGUUGAUUAGUGCCGGGCUAAUCAAAUUAGUAGUUGAGUGUAGUGUACGUGUUUUGUGAGUACUGAUUUAGAUGGAUUGUAUAGUGAACGAUCUUCAUUAGUCGACAAACUGGAGCAUAUAAAUUUUUCGCAAUUCAUAGGGGACAUGGAGAUUCAGGACUUCAAGGCGAUGACUGGAGUAAAUGACAGGUGGAUGCCAUACUAUACAGUAGCAUUUACCUCCGACAGUGAUUAUGCACAAUAUCAUGGGAUGAGUAUGAUCAACAACAACAACAGCACAAGCAUCAACAACAACAACAAUGAGGACGAGAAGGCGGAUAUGCCCGACCCCGAUUACAUUAAGAUGUUCGUCGGGCAGGUCCCGCGCAGCAUGGACGAGAACGACCUGCGCAUGAUGUUCGAGGAGUUCGGCCGCGUGCACCAGAUCAACGUGCUGCGCGACAAGAUCACCGGCGCGAGCAAAGGGUGCUGUUUUGUGACGUUUUUCACCCGCAAAGCGGCGCUGAAAGCGCAAGACGCUUUGCACAAUAUCAAAACGCUGAGCGGGCGCGUGCCUUACCCCGCCUCGCCUGCCGCAGUGUCUACUACGGACAGUAGGUUAUGCGAGGAGGAAUCAGUCCAGCCAGCUGUUUUACGAAUCAAGUCAAUGUUGACUCCAAGUCUGUUGGCGGUGGAAGAUGCUGCGUGCCUUGUGCUGUGA